AUGCUGAAGAAAGCGAAGAAAUCGCGUCGUAGCGCUGCAUGCGUAUCAUCGGGCCCGAAUGCUGGUGGAGCAGCAGUUCGGGCGGUGCAAAGCGAAGGCUCACCAUCCUCCUCACGGGUGCAUCCAUCCAUGCUGCUGGAUACUGGUGAAUCCGGGGUGAUGCUGAUGCACGGCAAGAGUACACCGGACGAGCUGCAUACUUUUUCGGCUUCCGCUUCGGCGAACGGCGGUGGCGCUGCUGAUGGUGACGAUGAUGAUGAAGAAGGCGAUGCUUUUUUGUGA